AUGGGAUCUCAUGCUUUUGUUGAAACCGUAAAUUCAAUUGAUCUCUCUGAUCCAAUUGGUUUUAUCUCUUCCCAUGUCAACUACUACAUCCAUACCAGAUCGUGGUUAGAUAUCCUAAGAGAUUACUUACUGGUCUCCUUUUGUUACAAGUUUUUGAACUUGAGUUUGUUCUAUAUAAGAGCUUAUGGUUUUGUUGGUGCUGCUAAUAAUGUUGUUAUUCAUUUGAUGAGAAAACUAUUUGGUUUCCUAUUGAACUCCUUCAUAUUGAAAGGAUCUGUCGAUAAGGAAAUUAAUUCAGCUUUGUUGUCUAUAGAAAAGGAACUGAUUAAAAAUGAUGAUGUGUUGCAAGACUACGAAACUUUGCCCCUAAACGGUAUCCCAGAAUAUGAAAUCUUGAAAGAAUUGGAUGACUUGAAUGAAAUAUUACCAUCUUCCCCUUGGAGAGAAGGUAAAGUCUCAGGUGCUGUUUACCAUGGUGGUGAAGAUUUGAUUAGAUUACAAGCAAAAGCUUAUGAAAAAUAUUGUGUUGCUAAUCAAUUACAUCCUGAUGUCUUCCCUGCUGUACGUAAAAUGGAAUCAGAAGUUAUUUCAAUGGUCUUAAAUAUGUUCCAUGCUCCAAAGGAUACUGGCUGUGGUACCACUACCUCAGGUGGUACAGAAUCUCUAUUACUGGCCUGUUUAAGUGCUAAAAUGUACGCAUAUCAUAACCAUGGUAUCACCGAACCAGAAAUGAUCAUUCCUGUAACUGCUCACGCUGGUUUCGAUAAAGCCUCCUAUUAUUUCGGUAUUAAAGCUCAUCAUGUUCAGCUAGAUCCAGUCACUUAUAAAGUCGAUUUAAAGCAAGUCGAAAGAUUGAUAAAUGGUAACACUGUAUUAUUAGUGGGUUCUGCUCCAAACUUCCCUCAUGGUAUCAUUGACGAUAUCGAAGGCUUAGGUAAGCUAGCACAAGGUUAUCGUAUCCCUCUGCAUGUCGAUUGUUGUUUAGGUUCAUUUGUCGCUGCAUUUAUGGAAAAAGCAGGUUUCGAUGAUGCUCCCCUAUUUGAUUUCAGAAUUCCAGGUGUUACCUCUAUCUCUUGUGAUACUCAUAAAUAUGGGUUUGCUCCAAAGGGUUCCUCAAUUAUAAUGUACCGUAACAAUGAAUUAAGAAUGAAUCAAUAUUACAUUAGUUCUGACUGGGUAGGUGGUCUCUACGGUUCUCCUACAUUGGCAGGCUCAAGACCAGGUGCAUUAGUAGUAGGAUGUUGGGCUACAAUGAUUAAUAUCGGUGAAAAUGGGUAUAUCAAGUCAUGCAAAGAAAUUGUUAGUGCAGCACGUAAAUUAAGAAAAUAUAUUGAAAACGAAUUGCCAGAGUUACAAAUUAUUGGUAACCCCCAAUGUUCAGUGACUGCAUUUAAGUCUGACGUUAUUGAUGUUUAUGAAUUAUCAGAUAAAUUGGCAAAGGAAGGCUGGCAUUUAAGUACCUUACAAAAACCAGCUGCUUUGCACUUGGCUGUAACAAAAUUAAGUAUCAACAGUGUUGAUGAAUUGUGUACUGUUUUGAAGAGAAAUAUCGAAGAAAUGAAAGAAUCAAAUUCGACCCCUGCCUCUGAUGGUACUAGUGCAUUAUACGGUAUUGCAGGUAGUAUUAAAACUACUGGUGUCGCUGAUAAAUUAGUUGUAGGUUUUAUCGAUUCAUUAUUCAAAUUAAAACCUACCGAAACUCAAGACCACGACAAAGACCAUUACCAGGAAAUAGUCCAGGAGCAAGAAUAA